UCUUCAUUCUUGUUCUCCUCCCCCUCUCCUAACCCCUGCUUCAGCAAGGAGAUGCUCACCUUCUCCACUUCAUCCUCAUCACAGCCACAUUGCAUUCGCAACCACUCCACCAUCUCUCGCCGAUGGAGCAGGCACGCGUUGGCUCAGCCAUGAUCUUCCUACUCCUCGCUUUCCUGUCAGAGGUUUCUGCAUCCAUAUCGCAGCAGCAGCAGCAGCAAUGCGGUGGUGCAUCGUCUGCAGGAGUGAGAGCUGGCUUCUGGCUGCCAUCCUCGAGCCACUACUCGCCUCUCGGCAGCAUCGACACCUCGCUGUACAGCCAUCUCUACUACAGCUCGCUCUCCAUCGACGAGACCCGCUGCGCCGUCGCGCCGCCGUCCUCCGGUGAAGAGAGCUCCAUUCUUUCCAAUUUCUCGAGCAGCAUCAAGUCCUCCGGUGGGGGUUUCGCUGUCAAGACCAUCUUGUCCAUUGGCACGGAUGAGUUCAGGGAGGAUGUGUCCAAUGCCGCCUUCUCCAGGAUGGCCUCGGAGAAGAACCUUCGGAGAGCGUUCAUCAACUCGUCGAUCGAAUUGGCUCGUGCCAAUGGCUUCGAUGGCCUCGACUUGGCGUGGAGGUUUCCCGCAACGCAGCUGGACAUGGAGAACCUCGGAGAUCUUCUCGCGGAAUGGCGAGCCGAGAUCAUGGAGGAUUCGACGACCAGAUCGACCGAGCCUCUCCUGCUGACGGCUACUGUUUACUUCUCGAACCACCUGUUCGGCAUGGCCGACACUAACCUCAACUACCCGAUAGACGACAUGUCGAGCAGCCUCGAUUGGGUGAACAUUAUCACGUUCAGCCUGCACAAGAACAGCAACGUCACCACGGCUGACGCGCCUCUCUACGACAAGGAUUCUCACUUCUCGGCUAGCUAUGGUGUCAUCUCGUGGCUGGAUGCAGGGCUCCCUCCAUGCAAGCUUGUGAUGGGGAUACCUCUGUUUGGAAGGUCUUGGUUCCUCAGAAACAAGGACAAGAACGGGCUAGGAGCACCAACUGCAGCUGCUGGAACAAAGCAGAGAAAGAGCAACCAGAUCGGCGUAAUCGCGUACGCAGAGAUCGAAGAGUACCUGAAGUCUCAGAGUGUUUUUGUUACUCAUGACAACCAGUCAGUGGCAGACUACUUCUACAGCGGUGAUCUCUGGGUCAGCUUCGACAGUGCCGUGGUUGUGCAGGAGAAGGUGGAGUUUGUGGCGAAGUCUCAGUUGCUUGGGUACUUCCUCUCGACCAUCAGCUUUGAUGACUCAAACUACACAUUGUCCAAGCAAGCAUCACAGUCCUGGAAUCAAUAUCAUGUUUCUUCAUAUGCGCAAGGUAGUUUUGGAAUUAUGCAAGAAGGAGCUAUAAUCCAAGAUCUGCAUGCAUCAACAGGGUCACCAAGUAGUUGGUAUUCAAAAACUCUCAGCUACUUGUUAUUGUCAAUAAUACUUGUAUUGGAGGUUCUAUAAUACCAAGAACAGCCGUAAUUUGUAAACAGGCCAGAUUGCACAAAUAGUUUCAGAUGAUAAGGCUUAUAACACUACAUUUAUGAACAGAUGCUCUGUUUUAUGCCUUCCAUGUGGUUCA